AUGACUCAACCAACUACUUCGAUUUUAUCGGGCGAAACACGAACUGAGCGUUUAGCAAGCUGGGCUGCUAACCUCAAAUUUUCUGAUCUCCCAGAAGACGUUAUCCAGAAAACUAAAGAUUUCUUCGUGGACUGGCUGGGAUGUACAAUCGCAGGCCGUCAUCAUCCAGCCGUCUCGGCAAUCGCAAGAUUUGCAUCGCAGAUGGGUCCUUCCAGUGGGAAAAGCGAAUUGGUCGAUGGUUCCUUGAAUUUCACUACCAGUCCGGCUUUCGCUAGUCUGGUAAAUGGUGCAUCCUCUCAUGUUGUCGAGCAAGAUGAUCUUCAUAACCGAAGUAUCAUGCAUCCGGCAACAGUCAUAUAUCCAGCCGCCCUUGCUGUAGCGCAAGAUGUAGGUGCCACUGGUCAAGAAUUCAUUGCAGCUUGUGUUGUCGGCUAUGAAGUGGGUUGCCGAGUUGGAGAAUUUCUGGGCAAAAGUCACUACGAGCGUUUCCAUUCCACAGCAACCGGUGGAGUCAUCGGAGUGGCCGCUGCUACAGCGCACCUCUUGAAACUUGAUGCCGCUCAGACAUUGUCUGCCAUUGGAACGGCCGGCACUCAAGCAGCGGGUCUUUGGCAGUUCUUAAUGGACGCAACACACUCAAAGCAAGUCCAUACCGGCAAAGCCUGCUUUGAUGGAAUAUUCGCUGCGUAUACAGCUCGUGAUGGGCUUCUCGGCACUAAAGAUAUUCUUGAGGGACCCCGCGCAAUGGGAGCUGCACUGGUUCCGGGCACCACGAAUCCCGAGGCUAUUGAUCAAAAUCUCGGCACCGAUUAUGAAGUCCUCCGGUCCAGCUUUAAAUGGCACGCAUCUUGUCGUCAUACCCACCCUAGCGCCGAUGCACUUCUGAAACUCAUGGAGAAGAACGGUGUUGCUUUUGAGGAUAUUGAGUCUGUGAUCUCUAGAACUUACCAGGCUGCCAUCAAUGUACUCGGCAUGACUGGAAGAGGAGAAACAGUACACCAGAGCAAAUUCUCAAUGGGAUUUGUUCUCGCCAUUAUCGCUAAAAAGGGCCAAGCUAUGAUUACUGAUUUUACAGAAGAUGAUUUGGAGGAUGCAUCACUGCGGGAGUUCCAGCAGCGUGUGAAAAUGGAGUUGGACCCGGAGAUUGACCGAGCUUUCCCUGAGAAGUGGCAGGGGACUGUCAUUGUGAAUACAAAGUCUGGAAAGACAAUCACUGAGUCGGUCGAGUUUGCGAAGGGAGACCCGGAACUCCCGUUGACGAGAGACGAAAUCGAGAGAAAGGCGCAUACCCUCGCUGCUUAUGGUGGAUUUAUGGACACUGGCAAGGUUAAUCAGUUGAUUGAAAGAGCAUGGAAUCUGGAAAAAGAGAACAAUGUCAGUGGCUUUGUUUUCUGA